AUGCCUUUGCACUAACUCCAACACAUACCCUCCAAAUUCCAAAGCCUCUUAUAUUUAUAUACCCCCAAACUCUAUUUUCUCACAACCCCACUUCCAAAUUUUAAUCACAAUUGAUUUUGCAAAAUGUUCACAGAUCCUACUGUUAAACAAAUGCUACAGUGCCCUCCAUCUGGGCAAGGGCAAUUCAUGAUGAUGGAGAUGAAGAGACCAUGGAACAAAUCCCAUAUUGAGGUUGCCCCAAACUGCCCUCGAUGUGCCUCUUCCAACACCAAAUUUUGCUAUUACAACAACUACAGCCUCUCACAGCCAAGGUACUUUUGCAAAGGGUGCAGGAGAUAUUGGACAAAAGGAGGCUCCUUACGCAACGUCCCAGUUGGUGGCGGCUGCCGCAAGAACCGCCGUGGUAAAGCGGCCAGACUCUCACAGACUGACCGCGCUUCAUUAAGUUACUUUCAGCAUCACAACUCAUCAAGUGGUACUGAAGAUGAUCCGUCCGGAAAUAAUCAGCCAGGUGGAACUAAUGCAUCAGAUAUUGAUUUGGCUGUUGUGUUUGCCAAAUUCUUAAACCACAACUCCACUACCCCUGAUGAUCAUUAUCAUGACCCCAAUUUGGUAAUUUCAAGCUCAGCAUUGAACGAUCACGAUGGCUCACAAAAUUCUUCCAAGGCUGAUGAUCUUGUUGAAGCAGUUGAUCAUUAUUUACUUGAAGGACAUCAACAAUCACAGGAAGAAAAUGUUCAAACGUUGUUGGGAAUUAAUCACAAUGAUGAUAUGAACAUUCAUGAAUUUGAGUUACAGGGUUUACUAGGAGACGAAGACCAAGUGGUGCAAGAUGUGUUUUGGUCCGAUGAUGCAACGACGUCGUCUUUGCCAAGCAGUACUGCUAGUUUUACAUGGCAACCGAUGGUGCAUUUGCAAGAGUUGGACUGUUCACUACCAUCAGACGAUGAUCAAAUGAAGAUAUCGACCAAUUUAUGUGGCGAUAAUUGGAGCUCCAUUGAUUUUUCAGGGUUUGAAGUUUUCUCACGAUCUUAAAUAUUGGAUGCAAAUUUACAAGCAUUUGAUUAGUUAUUUGUUGUGUUAAGUUCAUUUCAUUUGCAAUUUUUGUUCCAAUAUAUAUAGUUGGAAAGUUUAGUACUGUUACAUUGCCAUGGAAAAUAAAUAUCAUGGCAUAUACAUAAAUACUAUGAUAUAAUACAAUAAACCUUUUUUCAUAAUA